AUGACAAAGACCAGGGGGCAGAAGAGUCUCCUUGUUGGAGCAUAUAUACAGACGGAUCAUCCAAUAGGCGAGCCAGGGGGGGCUAGCAUCGUACUACUAUCACCCGAAGGAGACAGGGUUGAAUGUAUAGUCCGUCUCGACUUCCCCACCACCAACAAUGAAGCAGAGUACGAAGCAUUAAUAGCAGGUCUCGACCUCGCCAAAGCAACAGGAGCUGCGAGCGUAGUCAUUUACUGCGACUCUCAGGUCGUGGCUAACCAAGUAAAUGGAGACUAUGAGUGCAAGGGCGAAAGAAUGAGGAGAUACCUUGAUCAAGUAAGGAGAAGAGUAGACGACCUAAAGGCCAAAAUCAUCAAAGUCCCCAGAGGAGAAAAUGAGCAAGCCGACCGUCUUGCCAAAGCUGCUUCAGCAGAGCAUAUGAUCAUCCCCGGUAAUGUACUCUCUUUCGUUCAACUUUCUCCACUAAUAGAUUCCGGUGACACACAGGAGAUAGGCUCUGGAAGUAAUUGGACCACACCGUUAGUUUCAUACUUAAAAAAUGGGGUCUUACCAGACGGGAAGGAGGCUGCGAGAAAGCUGAAGGUCCAGGCAGCGAGAUUCGUCUUGAUAAAAGAUGUCCUGUACAAAAGAAGUUUCUCCCAUCCAUAUCUGAGAUGCUUGGGUACGGAAGAGGCAGACUACGUCAUGAGAGAGAUACACGAGAGGAUUUGCGAAAACCAUUCAGCGUCAAGAUCAUUGGUACACAAGCUUGUGCGAGCAAGGUAUUAUUGGCCCACCAUGCAGAAGGACGCAGAGGCUUAUGUCAAGUCUUGCGACAAGUGUCAGAGGUUCAACAACUUCAUCAAGUACGGGAUACCCAGAGUACUGGUCUCUGACAACGGCAAGCAAUUCGACAACAACGCAUUCAGAGAUUUCUGUUCGGAACUAGGAAUCAAGAACCACUACUCGUCACCCGCGCACCCACAGGCUAAUGAGCAGGUCGAAGUCACGAGCCGGUCCUUGCUCAAGAUAAUCAAAACCCGGCUCGAGAAGGCAAAGGGUAUCUGGCCAGACGAGUUACCAAGUGUUCUGUGGGCAUACCGGACUACAGCAAGAACCCCCACUGGAGAAACCUCAUUUCAUCUAGCAUACGGAAAUGAAGUUGUCAUUCCCGCAGAAGUGGGGCUCACAAGCUAUCGGGUGGAGAACUACGACAUGGAUGAGAACGAAAAGGCCAUGUGCCUUCAGCUCGACCUAGUGGAUGAAGUCAGAGCGGCAGCAGAGCAGAGGUUGGCGCGUUAUCAGAAUCUAAUGGCAAAACACUACAACACCAAAGUGAGGCAUAGGGACUUUCAGGUCAGUGAUCUUGUACUACGGAAAGUAAUGGGUGCUGUUAGGUUCUAA